AUGACACUCGGACUGAGCAUCCCAUCCUCGACUUCCUCGCCCUCGACGUCGGCGAACCAGACACCGGCAUUGAGCACCCCCGCCGACCGCAGCCUCGACUCCACCGCCCCUACGACACCAGCGAUCUCCUCCCCAGCUGAACCCAACACCGACUAUGCUGCCGCUGAGACCGUGAAGGGCUUCGGAACGAGGGCGAUCCAUGUGGGCAGUGAGCCGGACAAGACGACGGGAGCUGUUAUCCCGCCUAUUUCGUUGAGCACGACGUUUGCGCAGAGUGCACCUGGUGUGCAUAGUGGUUUCGAGUACUCGAGAUCCGACAAUCCUAAUCGACGAGCAUUGGAACACGCCCUUGCGUCUAUCGAAGAAGGUGUUGAAGCUCUUGCUUUCUCGAGUGGAAGCGCUGCUCUGGCGACCGUCGUCCAGAGCUUGCAGUUUUUGAAAAAGGAUGGACCCCACCAACCCAUCCACAUUCUCUCCAUCAACGAUGUUUACGGUGGAACCUAUCGAUACCUCAAGCGCGUUGGAAACGAAGUGCAAGGACUUGAAGUGACGUUUGUGGAUAUGGAGACUGCUGAUGAGGAGACGAUUGUGAAGGGUAUUAGGGAUGAUACGAAGCUCGUCCUUGUUGAGACGCCCACCAACCCCACCCUCAAAGUCGUGUCGAUCCCUCUGCUUUCUCGAAUUGCGCACACCCACCCCGCGGCUCCUCUCCUGAUGGUUGACAACACUUUCGCCUCGCCAUUCUACCAAAACCCUCUCAAGCUCGGUGCCGAUCUCGUGCUCCACAGCUUGACCAAGUACGUGAACGGCCACAGCGACGUCGUGAUGGGCGCUGUCAUCCUCCCGCCGACGACUGGCGAACACCUCGAUGGCGAGCUGGAGGAAGGCCGUGGAACCGAGCGACCGGUGAAGCACCCCAACCCGGAGCACCUCGAGCACUACUACAAGACCCUCCGCUUCAUGCAGAACGCGCUUGGUGCUGUUCCUAGCGCGUACGACUCGUGGUUGGCGCAGCGUGGUCUGAAGACGCUGCACCUGCGCAUGAAGGCGCACGGGUCGAACGCGUUGGCUGUGGCCCUGGGCGUGCGCGAGUGGGUGAAGGAGCAGAGGCGUGCUGGGAGGGCGGAUGUCAAGGUUGGCAUUGGCUAUGCCGGUCUGCCCGCUGAGAAAGAGGAUGACCCCGAGUUUGAGGAGGAUAGGGUGGAGGUGAAGGAGGCGAGGAAGAGGGAGAUUGCGGUUCAGACGAGGCGGCAUAAUUUGGCGUGGGAGAUGCUCUCGACGCCUGCGCGGAAGUGGGUUGAGAAGGAGGUACGGCCGAUCCAGACUCUCCACCUCAUCCGUACCGCUCCGUCACUCUACUCUAUCACCUCUCUUUCGUCCAAAACCACACCUCCGCCUCUUGGGUUCCCAUAUACCGGUAUGCUAACGGUAACCCUACCGACGUACGAGCAUGCGCUUCGGUUCCUUCAGUCGCUCGAGUUGUUUACGCUAGCUGAGAGUUUGGGAGGAGUGGAGAGUUUGGCUGAGCACCCUGCUAGUAUGACGCAUGCUGGUAUACCGGUUGAGGAGAGGAGGAGGAGUGGUGUUGAGGAUGGGUUGGUUAGGUUGAGUGUUGGUGUUGAGGAGGGGGAGGAUUUGGUUGGGGAUGUGAGGAGGGCGCUUGGGAAGGCUUUUGAGGUGUAGAGGUGUGGAUAGAGGGAGGUCGAGGUGUAGGGGUGUAGAUAGAGGGUGUGGUGUGGUGUGGUGUUAGGGGUGUGCGAUGUUUAGAGCGAGAAGAGAAGUAUUCAAAGAUUGAAUAUUUAUUUAUUUAUUUCUUUUUUGGAUUGAUCAAUGUCAAUCUGACUAUGUAUGAUGUAGAAUAUGCAUAUAUGAUUGUAUACAGCG